CACUCACUCGUCUCUCACUGCACGCACGCAAUAAAAACAACAACAUGACUGCCCCCACGCUCCGCGCCAAGAUCGAAUAUGUCAUCUUCGACAUGGACGGGCUGCUGACGACUCGGAGCACUGACGCCCAGCGCAUCUACACCCAGGUCACGAACGACAUUCUCGCGCGGUAUGGCCUCAAGAUGACCUGGGAGAUCAAGGCGGGGCUGAUGGGCAAGGUCCAGCGCGAGGCCUCAGAGUACCUCUUCUCGCACUUCCCCGGCCUCGAGCAAAAGCUCAGCAUCGACGACUACCUCACCGAGCGUAUCGCGAUGCAGGACGAGCUCUUCCGCCGCGUUCCGCCCAUGCGCGGCGCGGUCGCCCUCGUGCAGAGCCUGCACAAGGCCGGGGUGCCCAUCGCGCUGGCAACGGGGAGCAACAAGCGCAACUUUGAGCUCAAGACGGCCCACCUCCCCGAGCUCUUCGGCCUCUUCGACGCCGACGCGAUCCUGACGGCAGACUCGCCCGAAGUGCGCCCAGGCAGGGGCAAGCCCAACCCCGACAUCUUCCUCGCGGCGGCGACAAAGCUGGGCAAGGACGUCGGCAGCCCCGACGCCGAGCCGACGGCGGCGCAGGCCGCCGAGCGCGCGCGCGGCCUCGUGUUUGAGGACGCUCGGCCGGGCGUCGCGGCCGGCGUCAAGGCCGGGAUGAAUGUCGUCUGGGUCCCCGAACCCGAGCUCCUUGCGCUCGAGCCCGAUGCCAACUUUGGCGCCAAGCAGGUGCUGGCGCACCUCGAGCAGUGGGACCCCAAGGAGUGGGGCCUGCCGCCUGUUUCGUUUGUCGUUCCCGACCUCAAGUAGGGCUUGUAGCAAGUACCGUGUGGAAAUGUCAGCAUGGCGAGUUAGCCUCGUGCACG